CGUUCGUUCUUUGCUGCGGUUAGAAGGAGAUCAGUCAAGAGGGCACGGUCCACUGUGAAAGUUUGCAAGGAGCUGCGUCGCCGUCUUCAUCGCCAUAGCCGUCUUAGCCGCCAUAGCCAUCACCUUGCUGGCUGUCCUCCAGAGCUAUGUCGCUUCAUCUUCCUCUCGACGGUCGGCAACGGCGGUCACCGUGCUGGGAUGUACAGUUUCACUGCCACAUCCGUGGCAGAGGUUAACAGGCUUCGAAGAGCUCUCGAGCUCGGUACAGAGCUGAGUUCCGGAGCGCUUAUCAACGACGGCAUCUUGCUGCUCGAUCCCGACUUCUUGGCCGUGUGCUCCUAUCUUGAGGAGUUGUUGCUGGCUAUGGAGGUCCCAACAGCUGCUCCCUCCUCCUCCUCCUCCUCGUGGCGGUCUUUCGUCAGAAGAUGGAGGAGAGAGAGAAAGAGUUCUCAGAGGGAGAAGGGGGAGGAGGAGGUGGUGGUCCUGCCUUCUGUUCUGCAAAGGUUCCUUGUGUCCUCCAUCCUCGAUGCAUCGGAGGCCGGUGCUAUUCUUGCAUCCUUGCAGCACGACCUCCAUAGCCAUGAGAAAGAUGGAGAUGGUGGAGAAGAUGAUGAUGGUGGUGCCUUCGUCGUUCUCAACACGGCGGAAGAUAUCUUAUCUCAUCGUGACCGUCUGAUCCAGCAGAUCAAGGACAGAACUCGCCUCGACGAGAGCCUAGCAAGUCUGCUGCUCGACGAUUUCAAGGGUGAGCAUCAACGAUUGCUAAUCGAUUGGGAGGAAGACAAGUGUCGGGUUCUCCAGAGAGUAGGUGUAGGAGGAGGAGGAGGAGGAGGAGGAGGAGGUGAUGGAGGAAAAAGGGUAAGGAGAGAUGAGAAGUCUUGCCUUGUAUGUUUUGAGGUCCUGAGCUCUGCUCCUGGAGAUUGGGAGUGUGGCCAUAUCAUCUGCCGGGAUUGCCUGCGCGCUCAUCUCUCUUCUCGCCUCUGUGAGGGUGAGGUCGCUCGGUGUGUGCAGCCGGGAUGCAGACGAGAUUUGCCCAAGGCCGUGGUCAGGCUAGUCAUGGAUGCAGCUGACUUCAAUCGCUACGAGGGGUUGCUGGCGAACAGAUGUGUGGCUACCUUCGUGAACCUGAGAUGGUGCCCAAGGCCUGAUUGCAAGAGAGCAGUGUAUAUAAAGAGUGAUUUGGCUUCAAGCAGUCCUAUGCGGGUGAACUCUACUUCACGAUUCACCGGUUGUUUGAAUGCAUUUUGUCGAGGAAAAGGACCCGGUGCACCAGGCGGAGGUAUGCAAGUGAGUCAUGGACGGGAUGUGAGGUGCAGUUGUGGCCUUAUGUUCUGCUGGAACUGCAAUGGGACAGCACACGAGCCUGCCACAUGCGAUCAGCAAUGGAGUGCGCCGCAGAUGCCGAUGGCACCGCUGGUGAAUCAGCAAGCCUCCGGGCAUGCGAAUCAGGGGAACGGUUCGUCCAAUUGUGAUACGAAGGGACCUGUUGCGAAUGUGUUUCCCGGGCCCGGCAAUCGGGCUUAUUUCACCAAGGAGUAUAUGGAUCUCCUUGAAGGUAUCAAGAUGGACAAGGCGUUAGACGAUGCUAAGAAGAGGAUUGCGACUUCAAGGAGAGGUGGCGUUCGCAUUACGGAGCUGCCAAGUGAGAGCAGCCGAAGCGAGAAUCGCACCGGAGUGAAGAGUGAGAAGUCGGAUAAAACUUACGAAAUGAAAGCGUGGGUUACCACCACGCUGGGAGAUUCGCUUAAGCUGAUCAACGAGAAACUCGAAGAGGUAGACAAGAAGUCGAAAUUGACAUCAGGCGAGAAGGAAGAGCUCGAACGACUUCGUAGUGAGAAAGCUCGGGCGGAGAAAAUCAGUAUUGACUCCACGAGUAGUGCGAAACGUAAGAGAGGUGGGGAGCGAACACCGGUGAUCAAUUCACCAUCCGCGAAUCGGGUCAAGACUUGGUCACGGGGAAGUGCCAAGGUGAAAUCAAGGUCGAAAGGAAUCGACGUUUCAUCUGAUGAUGAAGGGCAAGCUGGUGUCAAACAGAAUCUACAAGCAAAGAUGGAAGGGAGCAGUGAGCUAAGUGAGAUUAAGAAGAUGCUUGCUGCGUUUAUGCAAGGGUUGGGCGACGGGAAAGGCAAGGCGAAAGUUGUUGAACCAGAGCCGGCUAAGUACGCGCCAGUAGAAGGUGAUGAUGUGGACCUGGUGCAGAAUGCUACGUGCGCCAAGGACGAAGAAGAAGGUGAUGAAGGGGGCCUUGCUGCCUACAUGAAGAUUCGUUUGGACUUCUACCAUUCUCUGCACUACUCCAGAGUGCAAAAGAUGUGUAAACAGAAAGGGAUCCAGUACUACCGUAAGGAAAUGGGAGCUUGGGAACUCGCCAGGCUGGACCUUCAAGAUUACACUGAUCAGCUGAAUGCUGAUGAAUCCACUGUAGUUGCAGGACCAUCGUGGAAGAACGAAGUGAGCCGGGAUGAAGCCGUCGACGACGAUACAGUCGGGGGAAACUAAGUUUCGGUAGCCUGAGAUCGCUGAGGCGUGUGGUGGAACAGAUUCGGUCUCUUAAGUAGUGUGUAGGACAACGAAUAGCCACGUUGCUGGAUCAAGUUCAUGUGCUGAUUAUCCUCGUUGCCUGCCUUAGGGGGGAUAUUAAGUGGGGCAAGACUAGCCCGUACGUUUCCUAAAAUUGUGGCGCGUUACUUAACGAAGUACUGGUGGUAAAACGCCCGCUGGUGUCAAUGCACAGGGGUGCAGAGUUUUGAGCUCACAACCUUUUUUUUUUUUUUUUUUUUAACAAAAUGUUCCAAUCUAU